UCCGCUAAGUUUCCUCUCCACUUUUAUGCUUUUCACAAACCCUCUCGCUGUCAACCCUGUGUUCAUCGUCCUCGUCUCCACGUGAUCAUGCGAAGCAUCACCGCCGCCGUCAACGAAUCCGCCGCCACCGAGAACGGUGGCGGAGGUCCUGGUGAGAUCAUGCUGUUUGGUGUCAGAGUGGUGGUGGAUUCGAUGAGGAAGAGUGUGAGUUUGAAUAAUCUGUCGCAGUACGAGCAACCUCAUGAGGCCGCCGAUGUAAUCGCCAACGAUGACAUGAACGACCCCGUUUCCGUCGAUCACAAAGAUGUUGUUGCUGCUGGUUAUGCCUCUGCGGAUGAUGCUGUUCCCAACGCCUGUGGGAACCGCGAGCGUGAGCGCAAGCGAGGUGUGCCUUGGACUGAGGAGGAGCACAAGCUGUUUUUAAUUGGACUGCAACAAGUGGGGAAGGGGGAUUGGAGAGGAAUUUCUAGGAACUUUGUUAAGACUCGCACCCCAACUCAGGUCGCUAGCCACGCUCAGAAAUACUAUCUUCGCCGGAGCAAUCUAAAUCGCCGUCGCCGUAGAUCUAGUCUUUUUGACAUCACGACGGACACGGUCACGGCUGUUCCUAUGGUUGAAAAUUCGGUGCAGCUUCAAGAAACUGCUUCUCAAUCCCAUUCCUUGACUCCAUCAAACCAACUCGAAAUUUCCAAGAACAAUGUAAUUCCGGCGGUGCGAACUUUGCCAUUUUCAUUUGGGCCAACACCAUUUGCCACUCCAACCAAGAAUCCGAUGGAAAAGGGUGGUGGUCCUGGAGAAGUAAGCACAGAAAAAGAUGGACCACUGAAGCUUGGCCUCACGAAUUCCAUCUAUUCCUCUGAUCAAACUCCAAACUUGAACUCAAACUCAGCAAUGGAGUCAUCAGCUCUAUCUCUUCGCCUUGCAUUAACAUCUGAGCAGAGGGAGGCUUCAACAAGACACUCAACUUUCCAGUCCAUGCCUAGUUUCAAUAAUGGUGAGGGCAUCAUAAGUGCUGCUUGAUAAUUUACAGAUCUGGGAAAAGUUAUUGACAAUUUAAUUAGAGAGAAUGGGGCUAGAGAGCACAGAAAUUAUUAGGCGACUGAAUCUGAUCGAUCCAGUGCAGACCCGCUAAAAGGGAGUUGCUCCAUGUUUUUGAUGGCAUCUGUGUAAGCUAGAUUCUUGAUGAUUUCGCUGUUCUUGUCGGUAGCUGGUUACUGACACGCUAUUCUCUGUUAGAAUUAGAAAAGACUGUAUUUGGUGGGUGUGUUGUCUCGUGGGCUCGGUUGUAGUUUGAAGGAAAGAAUAUCCAAGUUGGAUAAAUGGGUGGUGGUUGGGAUAAUGUAUGUGAAAAAGAGGGAAGGAGGCAAAAUUCCCCAGGAUGGCUGUCCGUUGUUUUGACAUAUCUUUAUCUCUGAUAGUAUGGGGUAUCGGGGCCGUGUAUUCUGUAUAUUUAUGUGGUUUUGGUUCUCUUCAUCUUAUCCUCAAUAACCUUUAUUCGAUGUAAAAAUUUGUGCAAUGAAUUCUGAGCUUUAGCUCACCCUUUCUUUUGAAA